AUGAGAUUCAAUCAAGCAUAUACAGAUCUGGUACAGCAACUACCUCCCUCACUAGUGGAAGAAGCAUGGAGACGCUUAACUAUGAGAAAGCGCAAUCCACUGACAGAAUUAGAAGCAUGUGGUAUAGAUCCAAGUAUUGAAGAUUUUUUGCAACAUGAAAUUAUAGUUUAUAAUAAGAAAAAAGAACGUCAACGUCGAAGUCCUUCACCACUUGAAAAUUUAUCACACAUAUAUAAUAGCGAAGCUAGUGUCAAGACACAUAUUAAUAUAGACAUGGUUAACCAAGAAAUACAAACUUCAGAUACUAAUACCUGUACAUGUGAUCAGGCACAUAAGUACCCUUGCUUUGCAAGUGAGGAUGAGAUCAAUCGUCGGGUUAAGAAAGAGGUCGAUGUUUUAUGUCAGCAAUUACUGGAAUAUAAUGAAAAAACUUUUGGCAAAUUUAUGCGAAAAAUUACUAUGGAGCAUGAGGAUAGGGUCAAAGCCAAUAAAAAAUUACGAUGUGAGGUUGAGGAAAAAAAGAUAGAAUUACAAGAGGCAGAAAAAUGUCUCGCAUAUCUGAA